AUGGCGCCCCGAAUUCACAUCAAACAGCAACAGGAACGCUCUCCGUCAUGCCAGCUACACAUUAUUAUUGUUGGAGCCGGUCUGGCUGGACUGGGUGCCGCGAUCAGCUGCGCCCUGUCUGGGCACAUAGUUCAUGUUCUAGAAGGCACAACGGAGAUAAAAGAAGUCGGCGCUGGUAUUCAGGUCCUUCCCAACAGUUCGCGUGUGCUUCAGCAUUGGGGCUUAGAGAAAGCGUUGACCCCUUAUAUGACCUAUCCGAGUGUUUGCAACUUUAUUGGAUGGAAGGGUAAGAAGAUCUCUCAUUUGGACUUUCACGAGUCCGAGAGCAAAUAUCCCGGAACAUGGUAUCGAGACUUCCAUCGUGCCGACCUUCAGCGUUGUCUUGUGGAAAGAGCCGUAGAGCUCGGAGUACAAAUAACGUGCAGUGCUCGCAUACGGACGGUUCGCGUGAGCGAAGAUGGUACAAUAGCAACUGCAGUUGCAGCAGAUGGUAGGGAGUGGGACGGUGAUCUAGUAAUUGGCGCUGAUGGGGUAUUUGGAAAGUUAACGGAGGAGUUGUUGGGACGCAGCGAUCCGCCAGUCAAGACGGGAGAUUUGGCGUAUCGCCUCCUAUUAUCGACUGAAGAAAUGAAAAAAGAUCCGGAGCUGGCAGACUUCGUUAAUAAGCCGCAAGUUAAUUACUGGCUUGGGCCUGAUGCACAUGCAGUCAACUAUGUCCUUCGUGGCGGUGAUUUAUUCAACAUGGUUUUGCUGGUGCCAGACGACAUUCCUGAAGCUCAAGCAUCAACCAUAGAAGGUAGUGUGGAGGAGAUGUGUGCCUUGUUCGAGGGCUGGGAUCCACGUAUUCAAAAGCUACUCAAACUUUGUCAGUCGGUGCAGAAAUGGAGGCUAUGUAUUCGAUUUGGUGAAUUCGACUGGGCUCAUGAAUCUGGAUCCUGGGUUAUGCUUGGUGAUGCUGUGCAUGCCACUCUACCAUAUCUGGCUUCAGGAGCUGGUAUGGCCUUCGAAGAUGGCGCUGUCCUCGGUGAAUGUCUCUCACUACUUCCAAAUCAUCCUAAUAUCUCGAAGUUAUCACCUGAAUUCGUGACUGCAAAGAAGCAUGCUCUAUCCAUCUUCCAGCAGUGCCGUAAGGAGCGUACAAAAAUGGUUGUUGAACGAGGGAACAUCCAACAAUACUUGUACCACCUCCACGAUGGUCCGGAGCAAGAGGAACGGGAUCGCAAAAUGCAAAUGAUACCUACGCCCGAGGGAGAGGCAUUGGCCUGGCGCGAUCCUGGAUUAGCUCCAAAACUACUGGGCUACGAUCAUAUCGCAGAUGUGGAUCGCCGUUGGAGUAUUGGACAGAAGAGUGAUAUCAUAUUGGCAGAUUCUCGACUAUAG